AUGACUUCUGGGAGCUUACGGCUUGCCGCGGUCUCGUUUCUCCAGCAGAAUUUGCUUCUUCCGCUGGUGCUCACCAUGGCUUUUGGUUCGCUUGAACUUAGUUUAGGUUCUAGCAACACCACACUUCUCGCCGAUCACGCUCGAGCUCACGAGCUGCCGGAACUUAGUCGUCUUGCACUAACGUCCGUCGAAGAUACUGCCUACUAUGCGCCAGGAAACAAGGUCCAGCCCGCACUCACGCCAGAUCAGCGAAGACUCAGUGCGCGCCCACUGCUGUUGCAACAACAGUCUGUAGGAAUAUCUGGUGCACAACACCUACGUCUAACCUGGGAGAAACCGGUGGGUACUUCGGAAAGAAAUCAUACAGACAGUACUGACUUUAAAAAAAUUGGAAGUGCUUCCCUGGCAUUUGCGGACACAGGCGACGCCGCUGAUCGGGGCGAUGUCGCUCGCAGCACCGACAACGGGAGGGAGGUGAAGGUUUCGCAGGCGGCCACAAGGACGAGUUUCCCAAUGGUCGAAGGACCCCUGCAACGCAAACUGUACCUGAGGCCACCGCAACUGCCUAGUGACAUUUCAGCCACGGAAAUGUCGACUUUUCUAGCACGAUUAAAAGGGUCGCCACUGUUGUUUUACGGACCCUUCGAUGACCCAAACGAUCCCACAGUUUUGACUGCUGCCGCUCUAGAAGCUUCCACAUAUUGGUCUAACUCUAUUGAGAAUUUGCGCACGAUUUUGGAUGUCCUCUAUACUGGCUGGGAGCAAGUAGUCCUACUUCCUUUCAGCGUCAGAGCCAAACGAUCAUCAACCCUCAAAGGGCCUUCGAAUACAGGGCCGGUGGCACCAACCCCGGGAACACCUCAGCCUAACCCAGCUCCUUCUCCUGGUAAUCCACAACUGGGACCGUCCCCUGCUGGCGUGUCUGGAGCAAGUCCUCUCAUGAUGCUUCCCAGUGAACGUUUGCGGGCGAUGCAAGCGACGCCGAUACAUACACGAGACUGA